AUGGCUUUCUCUUUGUUCACUACAACUGCAUCAACUUUCUCUCCUCACUGCCAAGCACGACCCAAUACCAAUCUCAGUCGCAAUAGAACCAAUCCAAAGCGCGCCGCCUCCGCCAAUUACCAUCGCCGGCGGUGNGCCGCCGGUAAUACUGCCACCACCUACACUCGCCUACCCCCCAAAGAUGAUUUUGUUCUUCCACCCCUUCACAGUUCAGCUGAAAUUACGCUAUCUGAAUCAACUAUCUCCUCCACCCCAGCUAAGAAUCUUCACCAAAAAAUAAAGGAUUCGGUUGAUGAUGUUGAAAAUUCGGAGAAUUUAAAGUUUGAUUAUGGGAAAUUCGAGCUGUACGAGGUUAAUGAUGAUGAUUUUGAGGAUGAUUCUGAUGAAGAUGAUGAUGUGGGUGGUGAAAUGGAAGGUUCUAGAAGUGGGGUGUUUGAGGGUAGUGGGAAAUUCGAGUUGUACGAGGUUAAUGAUGAUUUUGAGGACGAUUUUGAUGAAAAUGAUGAUGUGUAUAGUGAAAUGGUAGGUUUUGAGGGUGGUGAUGUUUUUGAAGGGGAGGGGAGCGAUAUAAAGGAGAAAGAGAAAGGGGUUCCUGCAGUGAUGAGGUGUUUCGAUAGGGCGAAAAUAUUUGUAAAAGCAGGGGAUGGAGGGAAUGGGGUGGUGGCAUUUAGGAGGGAGAAGUUUGUGCCUUUGGGUGGACCAUCUGGUGGUGAUGGAGGGAGGGGUGGGAAUGUGUAUGUGGAGGUAGACGGAUCGAUGAAUUCGUUGUUGCCAUUUAGGAAAAGUGUGCAUCUUAAAGCUGGGAGAGGAGGGCAUGGUCAUGGAAAGAAACAAUUCGGUGCAAAAGGUGAGGAUGUGGUGGUGAAGGUGCCGCCUGGUACGGUUCUUAGGGAGGCUGGGGAGGUUGGAAUUCAAGGGGAUGUACUUUUCGAAUUGUUGCAUCCGGGACAGAGGGCGUUGCUGCUGCCCGGUGGAAGAGGUGGGAGAGGGAAUGCCUCUUUUAAGACAGGGUCGAAUAGGGUGCCCAAGAUCGCAGAGAAUGGUGAAGAAGGUGCAGAGAUGUGGUUAGAAUUGGAGCUUAAGUUGGUCGCUGAUGUUGGUAUAGUAGGAGCUCCAAAUGCAGGGAAGAGUACAUUUCUCAGUGUUAUAAGUGCUGCUCAGCCAGCUAUUGCGAAUUACCCCUUCACCACUUUGCUCCCAAAUUUGGGUGUAGUUUCAUUUGAUUAUGAUGCUACUGUGGUCGUUGCUGAUCUGCCUGGUCUACUUGAAGGGGCACACCGAGGUUUUGGUUUAGGCCAUGAGUUUCUUCGGCACUCAGAAAGAUGUUCAGUCCUGGUGCAUGUGGUUGAUGGUUCAUCUCCCCAACCGGAAUAUGAAUAUGAAGCUGUUCGUCUUGAAUUGGAAAUGUUUAGUCCUGAACUUGCUGAAAAACCUUUUUUAGUGGUUUACAACAAAAUGGACCUUCCAGACGCAUAUGAGAAUUGGAAGACAUUCAGAGACAGUCUGAAAUCUCGUGGAAUUGAACCCUUUUGCAUGAGUGCAGUGAAAAGAGAGGGUACACAUGAAGUUAUUUGUGCUGCUUAUGAGCUUGUUCGAAGAAAAAGAGAAGCUGCUAAAGAAGAAGUGAGAAUGGACCCAGUAAACUUGAACUAUGUUGCUGACAUGGUGAAAAAGCAGCGAGCUGCUCCCAUAAGUGAGUUUGAGAUCACCCAUGAUAGUUCUUCCAAAACUUGGUAUGUUCAAGGAUCAGGCCUGCAACGUUUCGUCCAAAUGACAAACUGGAGAUAUAUGGACUCAGAUAGAAGAUUUCAACAUGUUCUGGAGGCAUGUGGUGUGAAUAAAUCUCUGCUCAAGCUUGGCGUGAAAGAGGGUGACACCGUCAUCGUUGGAGAUAUGGAGUUAGUAUGGCAUGAUUCUGAUAAUUCAGGCCCUACAAGUAGGAA